CGGGUCGUAAGGUCGGAGGUGGGCGGGCCCCGGGGCCGGGCCAGUCCCGAUCGCUCACAGAGCGCCUUUGUUCGGCCGCUCAGCCGGUCCCGGCCGGUCCGAGCCGUCCGGAAGCUGAGCUGGGAGCGGGAGCGCCGCGCCCCUGCAGCUCUCCACCACCGCGGGCAGCAUGGCAGCCAUCCCCUCCAGCGGCUCGCUCGUGGCCACCCACGACUACUACCGGCGCCGCCUGGGAUCUGCGUCCAGCAACAGUUCCUGCGGAAGUGCCGAGUACCCCGGGGAGGCCGUCCCCCACCCCCCGGGUCUCCCUAAAUCCGACCCAGGUCACUGGUGGACCAGCUUCUUCUUUGGGAAGUCUACUGCCCCGUUCAUGGCCACAGUUUUGGAGUCCCCAGAGCAAAUCACCCCAGACUUCCAGCAGCAUGGUCACUGGUGGCCUGGCUUCGGAAGCCACAGAGAAGCAGCCGCUGAGCCAGUCCAGCCAGGCCAACACCAGGCCCUCAUCCUGACCUGGCUGUGCCACCAGCUGCGAGGCCAGAGCCCUGCCUACCUACCUACCCUGUGGACUUGGUAGACAGCAGGGAGCCGACACACCAGAAUGCUGGCUCCAGCAGAAGGCUAGAGACCUCUGCUCUCCGGGCUUCACUGAGCUCUCCUAACUCUCCUGACCAGCAGAAAAUAAACUGCAAGCAGCCACA